ACAGCUAUAAAUAAACAAUGCUAAUUUGUUAAAAAAAUAAUCUAUACCUUAUUUAUUUUUUUGUAUUUGGACAUUGCAUAUUAUGAAAAAUGACUAAAAAAUAUCACUAUACGAUUGUUGAAAAUAAAUUAAAGAAAGAAAAGACCGGAAAGAUUGUAGAUAAUAGCCGGCAUAGAAAAAGAAAGAAGAGAUCCAAAAACAAUCAACAGCAAUUCUUUAAAACUGACAAAAUAAGUGAAAUAAAUUUAAAGCCAACCGAUUUGUCUGAAAAAUAUUGUGAUAGAGUUAAUCAGACCGUAUGCAAAGACAAAAGAGAAUUUAAAAAGCCAGGAUUAAAAAAUAAAGAUGACAAUGUUAAUUUUGAAAAAGUUGAUAGCGAUUUGAGGAAAAAUAAAAAAUCUCAUAAUCUGAUUGAUGAAAAACCAUCGAGCUCAGCUGGAUUAAAAAAGCCAUAUGUGUUUAAAAAUCGGAUCGUUGAACGAUCGAAAAAUUAUAAUUUUAUGUGUAACAGUAAUUUACCUAAAAAUCAUAAUUGUACAGAAUUUCGUAACAAGCAAGACCAUAAAAAAAAUUAUCAAAAUAAUUGUCAAUUAGAUAAUGAAAAGUCUUCUAAUGAUCAACGUGAUAAUUCAAUUAGAGUAGUUACACCUUCAAAUGAUAAUGACAAUGUGGAAAAGUGUUCAAAUACAAUUUUUUUUACAACUCAAAAUGAAAAACCAUUGUACGACAGAAAUGAUAAUUGUAAUGAUAUUAAAACGAUGUUCAUCAAUAAAGGAACUACAAGUAAAUACACUAAAAGUCAAAAUUGUCAGUAUACAAACAAUUCUAUAGAAAACUACAAAAUGAAAAAUUUCAAUGAUUACCAUGAUAUACAUAAAUGGGAUUUUCAUAGUCAUAAUGGUCAAAAUACUUAUAGUAUAAUUAAAGCAGAAAAUUCAAAAAGAAAUAAACAUAUCAAGAACAUAAAACCAACUACAGAAUCUCUUGACAAGAAUGAAUACGAAAAAAAUUUGGUUUAUAUAGGUUCUGAAUAUACGGAUCAGGAAAUUGAAAAAAAUCAAAAAUUAAAUUCGGACGUCAUGGAUAUUAAUUCAAAUCCAUUAUCCAAUUCAACAUUUAUUAACAUAAUAAAUCAACAAAAGUUACAAGAAAAUAAACAUUAUAAUAUAAAGAUAUCAACUUCUAAAUCUAAGAUGUUCACACAAACUUGUAAUAUUCAAAAUUAUUCGGAAACAAUAAAUAAUAGUUCCGGUACGUUUUACGAUCAAAACAAACAAGAAGAAGACAAAGACAAGCCUUCAAAAUAUUAUUUAAAAUGUGAGGAAAUUAUAAAUAAGUAUUCAGAUGAAAACUUAAAUUGGACGAAAAAAAUCAAUUUAGAUAAAAAUAAAGAACAACAAUUAAUCAAGUAUUAUAAUAACGAAAGUGAUGAAAAUAAUUACAAUGAUAUACAAUCUAUUCGUAUCAAUAAUUUAGAAAAUUUCACUACGUAUUUUGAUAAAACUUGGGAAACUAUUAUUCAAGAAAUUUCAGGAUAUUGAAUAAUUUAUAAUUUAUUUGUAUUAAUUAGUUAAACAGAAUACAACAUUGUUCCUUUCAUUCGACUAAUAUUAUUACUAUAGGUAUAUUUUAUUGUUAAAUUAAUGUUAUUAUAAAUAUAACGUUA